UCCAUUCUAGAUGUCGAUGGUCUGGCCACUACCCCUCAAAAUGGCGUCAGUAAGUGGUAGGGAUUGAUCACAGCUUUCUCGAAGUACAUACAUAUCGUGAUAUCAUGGACACAUACGUAUACCCUUUUAACACACAAGGACAAUCGAUUAACUUAUUGUAAACGAUUUUCGUAAUAAAAUACAAAAGAUGAAGGAUAUUUGGAUUUUAUCUCAUAUGUUUAACCCAUUGUCGAAUUUUAUAUGUGUCACUUUUCUUUCGGAGCGGACAGCGCUGUUAGCACGAAUAUAUGCGUAUUACUAUCGUCAUCCUACUAAAUUACAGAUGUCUCUAGAAUUCACUUUCAGUAAUGGAACGUGAAUUCUCAGCGAGGCCUUAUAAUGCGCUUACACUUAUACACAAAUACAUAAAAUGCCUUACUGUUGUGUAAUGAAAUGUUCCAACUCGUGGAAAACGGGACAUUCGAUGCAUCGCCUGCCAAGAAAUAUUGAAAGAAAACAACAUUGGCUUGUAAAUAUAGAAAGAAAUAAUAUGGAUGUUACAAAAGACUGGUUUGUAUGCGAGGUACAUUUCUCACCUGAAAUAUGGGAAAAACCACGAAUAGAUGGGAAAAAGAAAUUAAAAUAUAAUGCAAUACCUACCAUUUUUCCACAAAAAAAUAAAAAUCAAAUUGUAACAGCUUUAUCUCGAGUACACGACAAUGAAAUAAUCUUUAAUUCUUCCAAUGAUGAAGUCCAUAUAACAACUUUAUCUCCAGUACCUGAUAAUGAAAUGAUCUCUCAUUCUUUUGAUGAUGAAGGACAUACUGCAUCAUCAGUUACUAUAUUUGAAAAUUCGUCAACUGUCUCAUUGACAAGUUUCCAAAAUAUAAAAAUAGGAAAGCCAUUAUCAAUAGUUACUGUUACAAGUCUUGAAGAGGCAAAUUCAAAACUCCAAAAUGCAUUAUUACAGUCUGAACAGGCAAAAGAAGAAGUAGAACGGAUAAAAAUAAGAGCUAAACAAACGGAGAUAAAACUGAAGAAAGCAAAUGCGAUAAUUUUUAAAUUAGACAAAUCAAAAACGCUACUGAAGAGAAACGCAAGGAAACUUAUGGAUGAAAACAAAAAAUUAGUACAGAAAAUACGUAUAUUAGAAACAAGCAAAAAUAUCGACAUCCGCAAAAUAUUGAAUGAUGAUCAAGUUGUAGCUCUGGACGAACAAAAUCCACGAAGUGGAAGUUUAAAAUGGAGUAAUAAUACCAUUAUAAAAGCUUUACGAUUGAAAAUGUUUUGUGGUAGUACUAGUUACACAGAACUUUUGAAUCAAAACAUUUCUUUGUCAUCAGAGCGUACGCUUAGAAGAAAAUUAGAGAAUAUUAAAUUUGAAACCGGUGUGUGUAAUGAUAUAUUUGAUAUAUAUUACAACAACAAGUUUUGCAAUUUACUGACAACCAUGAAAAAGAUUGCGUAUUAGUCAUGGAUGAAAUGAGCAUUGCUGCAGGGGAACAGGUUGAUCCAUCUACGAAAUGUUCUUUUGGACUGUCAACUCUGCUCGAUAAACAUGGUAUACACGAAAAAUGGAGAAUGGACUGCGCGAUCCGUAUCCAAGUAGUAUAUCAAAUGUGGUUGACAAUGAGAGAGAGGGACCGUGGAAGAUGGCCAAUCUCCCUCUCAUUCUCUCUCCCAUUACACCAUUGAAUGAAAAGAGAUAGUGAUGAUGUUUUCCACGGUCCCUCUCUCUUACUUUUAUCGACCAUUUUGACACACGAAUUGCGCAGUCCAUUCUUUGUCUUUGAUUUACACAUAAAUAAAGAGUGUUUGCAGUAGCGUUUUCAUAUAUGGUAACGUUAUGGCGCGAUUCGUGACGUGAUAUGUGACGCGCGAUAUUCAAUGAACAUAUUGUUAUUCCGGAAAAACAGUAUGCUUAUUGAAUAUCGCGCGUCGGGUCGCGACAUUAUGCUGAAGGUAUGAUGUUAACAUUAAAAUGUAUUCCGAUAUGUAUUCCGAUAUACACUUCCAAUACUUCAAACUUAUAUAGGCUUUCCUUUUAAAAGACUUAAACCAACACAAAUUAACACAAU